AUGAGUACUUCAGAUGAUUCAUCUGGCGACGAAGAACUGACGGAGACCAGAUGCGAUUCGGUUUAUUACGCCGCCCUCAAAAACUCGGGACCCAGCGUCGUUCGUCGAGUUCCGAUGAAUCAGGAGCGAUUCGAGAAGGAAUUCUGCUUAGAGGCUGACGACAUCAAGCCUUCGAUCUGGCGCGCCGCGCGCGACCAUGCGAAAGGGUUUCUGAUUGGCUGCGUCUCGGGUCCGGCCAUCUGGGCUCGAUUCUGCCGGCUAUUGCCAAUCCUUAGCUGGCUGCCCACUUACAGUAUCCGGGAAAACUUGUUUGGCGAUGUCAUGGGUGGCCUGACCGUGGGAAUCCUGCAGGUUCCGCAGGGAAUCGCAUACGCCUACCUGGCCGGUGUGGGUGCCAUCAAUGGAUUGUAUGCGUCAUGUCUACCGGCCUUCAUCUACAUCUUCUUCGGAACGUCACGGCACGCUUCUCUGGGGAGCUUCGCGGUGCUUGCCCUCAUGUCGGCCACUGCCAAUCAAGCAGUUCGAGAUCAUCUUGGAAAUGAGCUCAUUUUGGAGACCGAGAUCUCGGCCACCCUGACUUUUGCAGUCGGUCUCUGGCUGUUGUUGUUCUGGAUGUUGCAACUGCAGUGUGUGUUCGCCUAUGUAUCCGAUGCUGUGAUGUCUGCCUUCACAACCGGGUCUGCGGUUCACGUGCUCGUCUCCCAGCUUCCGUAUAUGUUGGGUGUUGAGGCGCCACGUUCAUCUGGUCCCGGCUAUCUGUUUGUAGUACUGUGGCAUUUGGGAUCAUCCUACAAGGCGAUAUCGUUGGACACGCUGAUUUGCUCUUGGUUCGCCGUCGUCAACCUCUGGGGUUACAAAGACCUAAUCACAACUGAAUUACAAAGAUACUUCCGUUGCAAUGUGCCAAUCCCAUAUGAAUUCAUGAUGAUGGUUGGGUACCUGGUGGGCGAACACUUUGGUGGGAUAAACGCCCAGUUCAAAUGGAAAGUUGUCGGCCCGAUCCCAACCGGGCUACCGUCCCCCACAUGGCCGACGUGGCAUAUUCUGCCGAUUUGCCUUCUCCAUGCAAUCCCAUUGGUCGUUGUUGCACUGUCGGUACAUGUGUCAAUGUCGAAGGUCGUCGCCAGGAAAUUCAAAUAUCGCCUGGAUGGGCAGCAGGAAUUCCUGGCGUUGGGGGUGAUGUCACUGAUAUCUGGCCUAUUCCCUGUAUUCCCGGUGACGACAUCUCUCAGUCGCACCAUGGUCAACGUCACCAGCGGCUCAAAAACACAGCUGUCGGCUCUAUUCUCCUGUUUGCUACUGUUGACGCUGAUACUGUGGCUUGGCCCGCUGAUUGAACCCCUGCCAAUGUGGAUCCUGGCUACGGUGAUUACUGUGGCGCUUCAAGGGAUGUUCGUGAAAUGCGGCGAAACGCUCCGAAAUCUUUAUCAGUACAGCAAGAUCGACGCGUUCGUGUGGGUGGUGUGUUUUGUGGCGACGGUUGCAAUUGAUGUCAUGCCGGGGCUUGUGAUUUCCGUGGUGAUCAGCCUCGUCACCGUCAUCUUCCGCAUUCAAUGGUUGUCGUGGGAAAAGUUGACGUUCCCAGGAACAAGCCCGGCAAUUCGCAUCCUGCGCUUCGACGGGCCCAUUUUAUUCCUCAACGCUGAAAGAUGCAAGCAACAAGCGACGAUUGCGGUGGCUGAAUGGGAAGCCGCCUUGAAUGAACCGACUUCGCCGGACCGGAAAUCUUUUUUCCGUUUUCUGCUGCUCGACCUUUCGCGCGUGACGGCCGUUGAUCAUAUGGGAUUGGAUAUCCUCACGGAGGUUCUCGAUGAACUGCGGGGACGUGACAUUAUCUACUACAUCUGCGGCGCCAAGACUUCUACCCGUAAAUUGCUCCUGAAAAGGGGCGCGAUGGGAAAAUUGUCGGAUUUCUAUCCAUCAAUCGAUGACGCCCUUGCCGUCAUCACUCACAGUAACAAGCGUUUGAGCCAGGGCAGCGAGGAGCAAUCUACGGACUCGAGUUCUGCCAGCCCGGAAGCGCCGCCGCCGAUUCGUCAGAAA